AAGAUGGGUUGGGGUGAGGGUGGUGGUGGUGAUGGUGUUGGUGUUUAUGAUGUUAGUGUUGGUGAAGUAGUGAAUAAUGGCGCAGCUCCCUCUACCUCUCAUCAAAAUCACCACCAUCCGCGUUGUACCUGUCACCCCUAUCUACUGAAGAAGGAAGUGGAGGAGUUAGAGGUAGUAGAAGUAGUAGGAGCAGUAUUGGUGUUGACGUAGUGAAUAAUAUGAAGCUAUUCUACCUCUCAUCAAAAUCAUCAUUAUCGGUACGCCCGUCACCCCUAUCUACUGAAGAAGGAAGUGAAGGAGUUAGUAGUAGUAAUCGAUAUAGCAGCAGCAGUAGUAGCAGCAGUAGCAGUGGCGGGUUAGCGUGGCGCGUGGCGUGUGACUCUGCCUGCCUGGCGACGCGUGCUCCCUGAAGGUGGUAAGUGGUCACCGGCGAGGCGUAUAGGGGCGGAGCAUGGGAGCGUGGCGCCGCGCGGAUUGGCCGAGAGAGCAGCCACCAACCCACACGAGGGAGCACGAGACCCUUCCCAGGCCCAGUAGGAGCGUUUCUUUGGCACUGUGGGCGGGGCGAGACAGUGGUGGGGGGCGGGGCGUCGCGAUAAGAAGCGGUGGGAACAGACACAGCGAGCUGGCCAGAUUGAGACAGUCCCUGGGAACCGCUGUUGAGGCACACAGGCUUCAGGUGUCCCGCAGCCCUCAGCUUACCUCGCCCAGCUGCCAACCCGCACCCAAGCUAAGGACUAUAGUGUUCGUGAGUCCCUCGUGAGUCCCGCGUGAGUCACUGUCCCGUCCAAGGAGUGACAGACAGACGGAGUGAGUGCUAGAGGAUUGAGUGAGAGGUGGAGUGAAGGCCGCGUGGUCAUGGUGGACUUGUAGUGGAAGGAACAACUCGCCACGGAUAUGGUGCUCGAUUGGGCCGACCCCAUACCACCACCACCACCACCUCACCAUCACCACCAUCACCCACACCAUCAUCACCUCACCGCCAACACCACCACAGCCAUGGCAUCGCACCUUCAGUAUUCCGAGGAUCAGAGUGGUGGCUACGGCUCCUACCCUGCCUUGGACGCCCGCGAGGAGUGGCCGGGGGUGAGCGACGCCCUGGUGACCUACGCUUCCUCAGCAGCCUCCCCUCUCCCCGCCGCGGCACAGCACUUCUACACACAGAGUGAUGGCGUGAUGACGGAGCUGGGCGGCGUGAAUGGUCACGCUAGUACCCCCGUGGGCGGCUACCCCCCCUCCUCGGUCCCCCAGGCCACGCCCACACAGACCCUCCCGCCCACGCCGCACCACCCCGCGGGGCCGCCACACACCGCCCACCGCCCCGUCGACCUCUCCCAGGCCCAAAGGGAGACGCAGCCCACCAUCCCGUACCCGCUCCACGACGCCCACGCCCAGCGCCCCACCCUGCUCGACACUGCGUGGUCUACCGCAGAUGUCAAGAAUUACGGAUUGUACAGAUACCCGGGCUCCGCUAUGUUGGCAGGGUCGCUCACCCCCCCAGAUAAGGUGAAUGGGGAGGGGCACCACCCACACCCCGCCCACCACCACCACCCGCACCCCGCCCACCACCACGCCCUCAUGCCCGUCAUGCCCGCCCUCCACACCCCACCCUCGCCCCUGCCCACGCCCUCGCCGCCCGUCUACGAUAGAUUCGCGCCCAAGGAGCAGAGACUCACGAGGGAGGCGAUGCAGCGGUACCUGAGGGAGCGCGGUGACCAGAUCCUCGUCAUCCUUCACGCUAAGGUCGCCCAGAAGUCCUACGGCAACGAGAAGCGGUUCUUUUGUCCCCCGCCUUGCAUCUACCUCUACGGCGAUGGCUGGCAGAGGAAGCGGCUGGAGAUGCAGCGAGCGGGCGCCACCGAGCAGGACUCCCAACUCUGCUGCUUCAUCGGCAUCGGGAACUCGGACCAGGACAUGCAGCAGCUGGACCUGAACGGGAAGCACUACUGCGCCGCCAAGACCCUCUUCAUCAGCGACUCGGACAAGCGGAAACACUUCAUGCUCACCGUCAAGAAGUUCUGGGGCUCGGGUGCGGACAUCGGGGUGUUCCACUCGCGACGCAUCAAGGUUAUUUCCAAGCCGUCCAAGAAGAAGCAGAGUCUCAAGAAUGCCGAUCUGUGCAUUGCCUCAGGGACCAAAGUGGCUCUCUUCAACCGCCUUCGCUCCCAGACGGUGUCCACGCGGUAUCUCCACGUCGAAAACGGCAACUUCCACGCCUCGUCCACGCAAUGGGGCGCCUUCACCAUCCACCUGCUGGACGACAACGAGAGCGAGAGUGAGGAGUUCAGUGUGCGUGACGGGUACAUCCACUACGGGGCGACGGUGAAGCUGGUGUGCGCCGUGACGGGGAUGGCGCUGCCCAGGCUCAUCAUCCGGAAGGUGGACAAGCAGACGGCCCUCCUUGACGCCGAUGACCCCGUGUCGCAGCUCCACAAGUGCGCGUUCUACAUGAAGGACACGGAGCGCAUGUACCUGUGUCUCAGCCAGGAGAGGAUUAUCCAGUUCCAGGCCACCCCAUGCCCCAAGGAAGCCAACAAGGAGAUGAUCAAUGACGGCGCCUCAUGGACCAUCAUCAGCACCGACAAGGCCGAGUACCAGUUCUACGAGGGCAUGGGUCCCGUACGUGCCCCGGUGACGCCCGUGCCCAUCGUCAACUCCCUCCAUCUCAAUGGUGGAGGGGACGUGGCAAUGCUGGAGCUCACAGGGGAGAACUUUAGCCCCAACCUGCGUGUGUGGUUCGGGGAUGUUGAGGCGGAGACCAUGUACCGCUGCCAGGAGUCCAUGCUGUGUGUGGUGCCAGACAUCUCGGCCUUCAGGAGGGGCUGGCAGUGGGUGCGGCAGCCUACACAGGUUCCUGUCUCGCUGGUGAGGCACGACGGGAUAAUCUACGCCACCAACCUCACCUUCACCUACACGCCGGAGCCCGGGCCGCGCCAGCACUGCCCCCAGGCUGACGACAUCAUGCGGCCCCCCCACAGGCUGCCCCCGGCCUCCCUCCAGGAUGCCCCGCCCUCCACCCACCCUCACCACCACACCUCGCCACCAAACCCACUUGUGCCGCUGCAGUUUGAGCCCUCGCAGCCCCUCCACACACCCACACAGCAGCAGCAGCAGCAGCAACAACAACAGCAGCAGCAGCAACAGCAGCAACAACAGCAGCAACAGCAGCAACAACAACAGCAGCAACAGCAGCAGCAGCAGCACCUGUGAGGGUCUGCCCAUGUCUUCCUACAUUAGCUCCAUCUCCACCUCCUCCAGACUCCCCAUGCCUUGAGUGUCGCUAGUGUGAGGCGCCCGGGGAGUGCGAGUGGUGGCGGUGGUGGUGGUGGCGGCACUGUUGUGAUGGGCCAGUGAAGAGUUGGCCACAAGGAGUUGGUCACCUGUCUGCCCUGUGUGUGGUACUUAAAGAGUGUGGACGCUCAUGUGCGCGGACAGUCUCCAGGGCAGCGGGAAAACGUUCAUGUAUGUGUGUGUGGCGGGGAACACGGCUGUCACUCCAUGCCGUGUAUGUGAUGUGUGUACAACAAUAAAAGCAACCACAGCAACAAGAAGAGUAAUAACAACCAUGUCAUAAUAGUUUUGGUUUUUGCAACGUUCUUUUGUAUCACCAAUUGUACAUGACAUUCCAUUUUUACUAUGACCACACUCAAUGUACAAAGUUGAAUAGUAAGUAGUGUAGAAAACUGCAAAGAUUAUUUGUUUACUACCAAAAAAAGGGAAGACGUGACUUGUGCAUCGUCUCAAAAAAGAGGUUUUGGCGGCAAGUGACACAUUUCUCUAGAGGUUCCUUCUACUGUUUGUGAUAUUUUUGUACUUGUACGAUUGAAAGUAUUUUUAGAUCUCAAAUUUAGGUGUUCAGAUCUAUUUCUUGAGUGGAUUUUGUAUUGUUUUAUUUUUGUAAAUACAUCCUUAGACUGUAUUAAUCUGUUGUAGUCCAUAUUAUAAUUUAAAACUACAAAACAGAUAGCAUCAGUUUUGUUUAGUGAGUGUUGUCCAGUGUGGCUGUGGCUCCCCCCUCACCCGGUGCCUCCCUGCUAUGGUACAAAUUAUCCUGUUGACUCCUCCCUCAGACUCCCAACACGGGAUCACUCAGACUAAUAUAUAUAUUCAUCAGGAAUUUAUUUUGGGAAGAAGUUUAUGGUUUUCUUUUGUGUGUACAUGAAUUGCUGUAUAUUCGUAUUAUUUAAAGCUUUUAUGUUAUGUAAAUUUUCUUCUUUGAUUUGUUUUGGUUUUAAGAGAAGUCAGUGAUAUCAUUUUAUUAAUGUAUAUUGCUGGAAAGUAAUUUUGUAUCAGAAGCUUUUUAUGUAUUUGUCAGGAUUAUUUUAGAGAGGCCCAUGACAUUUUUAUUAGUGUACUAUUGCUAGAAUCAUAUCAUAUCAGACAUUUUAAAUGGUUACUUUCAGUUACCAAAUUUCAUGAGUUUUUGUUUUUGCUUGAAUUUUUUUUAUUAGUGCAAAUGUGAAAGAAAUUUUAAUUAUACUUUUAGACGUCUUCAGUUUCUUAGUGAGUACAUUUACUGUGUAUUAUUGGUGGCUGGCAAUGCCACCCACAACCUAAAUUAUAUCUUUACAAAAUUAUUAAGGAAAACCAUACUAAGAAAGCCCUAUAUUUUUAGAUGUAAACUGUAAUUUAACAUUCAGAUUAAAAAAAAUAUUGUUAGCCCAGGUACGAGAGUUGUUAGAAUUUAUUUCCAAAGUAUAAUCUUGACUUGAGAAGCACCACAAAGUCAAGCUGGGCUGAAGAAUUGAUAAAUAUACAGAAGUUUUCAAAUUUAACAAGUGGCACAGCCUGACAACAAAACUCUCCCCUCAGUAUAAACAAAUAGACAAAUAGAUAAAGAUAUGAAAUAAGGUAAAAUAAAGCAGCACUGAUAGACAUAAGGCAUAGCAUAAUACUGUCUGUAACAAAACCUUUUCCUGAAUCACACACAAAACACGAGUGGUUGUGAGGUGGAGCGAGGCAGGAGGGGAGAUGCCACGGCAGGCAGGGCGACCGACCGUCUUAUCUCAGUCACACUUCACACACUGGGCGAGUAAUUCAUGUACCUCUUCAGGGUCACAAGGCAGGCAGUGUGCUGUGCUCGGCAGCAGGACACGCAGAAGUUUGUGAUAGUGUACAGCAGUCUCUUUGUGUACAGUAUUUAAUAAUAUUCAUUAAUGCAAUAAAAUUCAGUUUGUAAA